UAUUUUGUACCGUUGUCACGUGUUGUUUAUGAAGGAGGUUAAAAAUUCGAUUUCUUCUGUCGAAAAGAGACUUGAAAUGAAUUUCUGAUGGCUUUUGCCCAGAAAUUCCUGUCGAAAACUUUGGGCCAGUUGAACGGCGUUGACUACCUGUCCCGGUACCCUCACAGGUGCGCACCAUGCCACAACACCCACAGAAAUCUUCCAGAGGACUUUUUGACCACGGAUGACAAGCUGGGUGCAACUUGUGACUUGUUCAAAAACCAAGUCAAAUUCACCCAUCCUGUACCCGUCUUUCAUCCGGUGAACAUCUCAAGAGAAGAAAUCAAUGGAGUUGAUCCCGCCUUUAAGUUGGCAAACCAAAAGCGAAUAUGGAAUUUAAAGAAAAAAAGAAUACUUUCCCUCUGUGAAGACUCAAUGAUUCCUGUUCACGCGGAUGAAAAUGAGGAAGAAAUGGAUUUCAGCGAUAACGAAAAUAUUCCAUCAAGUAUCACAUGCCAUCCCAACUUGUACGCACUCGUAGAUCACAUGGAAAAAGAUCCAGAUCCUUAUUUGGAUGGAGUUUAUGAUUGGUACUAUACUGGUGGAAAUAUUGGAACAUUGCUUAUUAACGAUAAUACGUAUUUAAUUAGAUCAGCACAAAAGAAGAAAAAAAUAAUUAACAUAUUGCUUUAUAGACUAACAGAAGACUUUGGAACUGGCGAACUUAAUAAUGAAUUGGAUUAUACAUUUCUGACAAAUAAUCAGUCUGAUAUUUUUCAAAUUGAUACUUAUAAAAAUAUAGCCCUUAUUAGGCAGAAAAAUAAUUGCACAUAUGUGACAUUCAAUGAAGUCGACGAUGGAAUAGUGCAAGACGUAGAGAUAAAUAUCGAUGGGGAAAAUCCUUUCAUUUCGUCUUCCAUUAAUAAUAAAAUCGUCGGCGAAUUUUGUACUCUGUCUCCAGAUCAAGAGCUCACCAUUUGGAAAUCACAAGAGGGGAAAAUGACAACUGACAGUUUGAAUUGUAAAGGAAUGAAUGUAACAGAUUGUUGGGGCCAAGUGUACUACAUUGAUGCUAACACAGUUGCAUAUAUGGACCGCUCAACAGUUAACUUUGUAGAUCUUAGGACGCACAUUUAUGGUAGAAGCUCAAACACAUUCGACAUAAGUAACAUCACAGAAGAAUGCGAUAAGAUAUUUUGCGGAACUCAGGGAUCAUUCGGUUUACAUUACAUUACAACUGGGCAUAAUUUAUUGUCUCUCGAUCCGCGUAUUGGGUGGAUCCAAAAGUGGACGCAUGGAAUUUCAACAAGUCCUUGUUUAAUCAGCACAACACGUGAACGUUUUAAGGAAAUGAUCGUAGUGGGAUGUCAAAGGAGUGAUAAUGUGGCUUACAUGGAAAAUCACUUCCAGGAUGACGGUUGUUUCAGUCCAUUACAUCCUUACAUUUUGCCAUCCAGGGCUGAAUCAUUGAACAAAGCGAGGUGUGAAAACCUUUGCCUGGACUACCUCAUCAACAGCAGGUUUAGAUUCAUUACGACUGGACUUUGCUGUUAUGAAAAUCGGGGCAUUCAUAUUUUGAGAUCGAAUUCUGUCGGAGAUGUUUUCUGGCAGAAGAGAGUUGACGCCACAAACUCAGACGAUGAAAAUUUUAAACCAUCAGAAAUCAAACUACUUAAUCAAUGGGAAAAUGAAUGUGUCACAUUGUUUAAACAAUCCCAGACGCCUGUCAGUAUAAAAAGGCAGGCAACUAGUAAACACUUAUUACAAAGAAUAUAUGAAGAAAGAAAACCCGCAAUGAGAAGAAAUAUGGACAUCAAUUCAUCAGAGUAUGAGUUUUGGCAGAAAUCAAAAAAAAGUUUACUACAAUAUUGUGAUUACCUUGUCCCAACGCUCCUUCAGAUUUGGGAUAUAGAAAAUGAACCAGAGUGGUGUUCUAAAGAGCCUUCAGACAUUGAACCUCUCACUUCUAGUGACGAAGAAGAAGAUAUCGCUGAAAGAGUCGCCAAGUGGUUUGAAACGUAUGAAGAAGAUAUAAAAGGAUGCCUUGAUAUACAUGACGAGAAAAAAGAUUUUAGUGAAAAUGAACAAAACGAGAGCUGUAGGAACAUAGACAAUUCCAAAAUUGACAGUCUUUUUCCUUCUUUCACCGAUGUCAAAAAUAUUGUGUGCAAUGAUUCUGUAGAUUUUAAGCAUGACGUUUCUCAUAAACAGCACUCAGACAUCGCCAAGAGUUUUCCGAGAAUAGAAAAUGUACCUAGAGAGUCGUUGCAGUCCACCUCAAAAAUAUUGAAAGACAAAUUUGUUCCAGGUUUUUGAUAUUAAGCAAAAGUGUCGAAGGUUGGAUAAAUUUUUAAUGUUUUCAGUUUUAUUCUAUUUAAAUUCUUUGAAGCUAGUUCUAUGGCACAAUUGUCUUUCAACUUGUUAAUUAGAUAUUAGUAAUAUAUUAAUAUAUAAAUCUUUUCAU